AUGCAAGUCACAUCCCGCGGCUCGUGCGCCGCGUUGCUCACAGCGGGCCUUGCCUCUGCGGUGCUGAUAUGGUGGAGUUGGCGCGCCCGCAGGAAAGCGGAAGGAGAUGAGGCCAUGCAGGCUGUGUCGGCGCCGAAGCAGCCGGUGAGGAGCGCGAAGCCAGUGGGGCCAGGACCCAAAGGUGGUCCAAUUGCCACCGCGAUCCACACGAAGGUUUCAAGCGCUUUGCAGCCUUCAGAGCUACGGGUCCACGACGAUUCUGCGGCCCAUCGAGGGCACGCAGGAGUCGCCGGAGUACAGAUCCCGGAGACACACUUCAAGGUCGAGGUGGUGUCUGCUGCCUUCGAGGGCAUCCGCAAGCUGGAACGCCAACGCAAAGUCCAGGACCUGCUGAAGGAAGAGUUUGCUGCCGGACUUCACGCGUUGGAGCUCACAUGCAGAACGCCGGCUGAGCAUGCGAAGGUUCGUGAGCGAGACCGGACACAUGUGAAAGAUGGUGGCAUGGUGACCGUCGAUGAGCUGAGAAGGCAGCUGGCACCGACUGGUGUCCUGCGAGCUGGAAUCAACUUGGCCAACUUCUUGCUGGUCACUGGCCAAAGCUCCAGUGGCACCCCAGAAGGUGUUUCACCGGACCUGGCCGCCGAAAUCGCCAAGCGGCUGGGUACUGCGCUCCGCUUGGUGCCAUUUCCCAACCCCAAGGACUUGGGCGAUGCCGUGGACGAAGGUUGCUGGGACAUUGCCCUCAUAGGAGCAGAGCCUCAACGAGAAGAAAAGAUUGCCUUUAGCAAGCCUUACGUCGAGAUACCCGCGACCUACUUGGUGCCCAGCAACUCAAAGCUGACAAGCAUAGAGGAAGUGGACUCCCCGACAGUUCGAAUCGCCUGCAUGGGGGGAACGGCCUUUGGCUUGUGGCUGGACAAAAACAUCUGUCGAGCCAGCGUCAUCAAGGUCGACUCCAUGGACGCAGCUCUGAAGCUCCUGGUGGAUGGGCAGGCCGACGUGCUCGCGAACCUGCGAGAGCGCCUGUUAUCCGAUGUCCUACGCGUUCCGGGGGGGCGAAUAUUGGAGGGUCACUUCAUGACGGUGAAGCAGGCUGUGGGAACUUCGAAAUGCCGCGGCACCCAUGCAGCCGCCUUCUUGGCAGAGACCGUGGCAGAGCUGAAGGCAAAUGGCUUCGUCGAGAGUCUGAUCGCCAAGCAUGGGGUUGCUGGGAAGCUGGUCGUGGCAAUCGAGGGCCCGGAGGCAAAGCGGCGAAGAACCGAUGUUGCUUCAGAUCGCAAAGACUCCGUUGCCAUUCUGGGCUGUGGAGCCAUGGGAUGCGUGUAUGCAGCGUUCUUUGCCAGAGCAGGGCACGAGGUCUGGGUCGUGGACCUUUGGCCUGAACACAUCUCGAAAAUGCGGGAGGAGGGCCUUCGUCUCCAAGGGCCCACGGGGGACUUUACAGUGCGGGUGAACGCAACCCUCUCCGCCCACGACGUGCCGCCGAGCGAUUUGGUCAUCAUCUCGACCAAGAUGAGAGACUUGGAGUCUGCCGCGCAGCUGGCGGCGAAGCUGACGAAGGAAGAUGGCGUGAUCCUGUCCAUCCAGAACGGCCUCGGUGCCGCGGAGCGCCUGCUCCAGCACGUGGAUGCCGGGCGCGCGAUGCUGGGCAUCGCCAGCAACUUCGGCGCAUGCAUGCGAGGACCAGGCCAUGCCGAGCACAAGAGCAUGAAUCGCAUCAUCCUCGGCGAGCUCGGACAGAAAGCCACGGAGCGGAUCCAGAAGGUCGCGUGCAUUUGGUCCUCCGUGGGCUUCAAUGUUGAGGCAGCCAGCGACAUUCAGCAAAAGAUAUGGGAGAAAUUGAUCUGCAACGUGUUCGUCGGAGGGACGUGUGCCAUCACCGACUUCAAAGUCGGAGAGAUGGUGGAUAACCCCUUCGCAAAGCAGGUCGCAGUGGCCUGCGCCAAAGAGGCGUAUGAAGUGGGCAAGAGCAAAGGCAUCAAAUUUGGCUUUGAGGAUCUGGAACAGUUUGUCGACAAGUUUGCGUCUACCGUCAGGGACACUUAUCCUUCGAUGGCACAGGAUCAUCGAAAGAGACAAAUUUCAGAAGUGGAUGUGAUCAAUGGAGCCAUCCCGCCCGAGGCAGCCAAGCUGGGGCUGGCAGCACCGGUGAACGAAACCGUGGCGAGCCUCCUCCGUGAGCAAGGCUUGGGCUGUGACAACAUGACUUUACUCGUGGUGGAGUUGCAGCCCAGCCAAAGAUCUCAGAUGAGACAGCUCUGGACGUUCCCACAUGGCUCUGCUGUACACCGAGCUGGCGGCAAGGUUGCCAUGACACCUUCGUCGCGACGCCGGGUUGUCAUGCAGCUGCAGAAUGUGAAACGAUCGAGUCGUGCCAAAGUCAAGAGUGCUGGUCGGUCCAAGAUCAGGAGCAGCGGCUGA